UGAGGUUAUACAUGAGUGUCAUUUCAACAUAUUCAACUUCCUGUUUUAAAUACAACUUCAGCCAUCUUGAUGUUCGUUACAAUGGCAGUAGAUCGUCUGCUUACAUCCUUCAUUCUUCUCCUCAUCUGUAACACAGGGUUCAGUGCUGAGAUCUCUGUGUUUGUGCAGACGGGAGAUUCUGUUCAACUGGAUAUACAGACACAGAAACUACCAGAGUUUGAAAUUUUAUCCUGGAGAAAUGAUAAAUCAGAGAGUAUAGUUAGAUAUAUAAAUGAAUCUAAAACAGUAAAACUUCACUCUUCCUACAAGGACAGAGUGUAUUUCAAUGAUGAAACUUUCUCUCUCACACUGAAGAACACACAGAAGACAGACAGUGGACUCUAUACAGCAAAGACAACUGGAUUAUUGAAUAAAGAUAUUGCUGCAUACAGAGUAUCUGUUAUAGACGCUGUGGAGGAUCCUGUUCUGACUGUAAACUCACACUGGUCCAGUGUUUCCUGUGUUAUUUUUAGUUUUACAUGUAGAGGUCAUGACCUCACACUCAGCUCCAUGUUUCAACAUGGCAGCUGCUCUCCAGAGGAAGUGACAUCACAUGAGAACUACAGUCUCAUCCUGAACUGCAGUGAGGAAUCAAUCAUCUGUAACCAUAGCAACACUGUCAGCUGGAAGGAAGACAGAAUUAAUAUAAAACAACUCUGUAGAGGUAAUCAAAGACUACAAAUCAAAACAUCAUCUCAG